CGCGGGGCGUCGCGCGUUAUCCGCGAAAGUUGUCAAGAACGUAUAACGCGAUUGCAAAACGAAUUCGCGCGCAGCGCAACGAGAACGGGGAUGUGAUCUGAGACACGUUUAUAUAUUGUCCUACGAGACACGAACAAAGGUUUCAAAGUGAAGAAUCGAGUGUAGAGUCGUCGAGGUCCCACCCACGACAUGGCCAAGAACGUAGGGGAGAGUCGGAUACCUGUUCCACGGGCAGCUCGACCGUCGUUCUUUCCGAAAUCGAGAGUGCUCGAGGCGUCGAGGCUCUUGUCGGGAAGUCGGCGAUCCACGAUCUUCUCGGGAUGCUUUCAAUUCGUUAACUCCGAGGACGAGUCUCCUACGCGGCGGGAGAAGUUCUCUGGAUUUGCGACGUCAUCACCUAAAGUCAAAACCGAUUUGGCAGCGGAUCAGACGUACUCGUUAUCGCCCGUGUGGGACAUCGACAAGAAUGACGUGCAGCAAUUGGUUCAACUUAGUGAGGAGAAAAAUAGUCUUUUCAGGCUACUCGAGGAGUCUCAGCUGAGCAUGAUCGAGGACGUCAGUGACAACUGUCUCGUAGAAGCAAAUCUGAGCAACUACAAUGACGCAACGCCGCACUAUUUGAUGCUCAACAAGCAAAACUCUUUCGAACACGACGAGAGUCUUGGUAUAUUGACCCCGGACCAGAUGACCGAUUUCACAGUCGCGUUGGAGUGCUCCAGGACGCCAUCCUGUGAGAACCUCACCGGUUCGGCUGGUUCGAAAUUGGCGUUGACCCGAGCGUCCGCAUCGACGAGGCCUUUAGCAGACGUAGAACCGACGGAAGAGAAUCCUCUUUGCAGCGAAAGAACGCCAUCGCCAGAAGAGCUACCGCUCGAUCCGAAACCCGUGGAACCGAUCAGAAAUAAUACCGUGCCGGUGAGCUUCGUCACAUCAGUUACGAGCAUAACCAGUCUCGAGGCGGGUUAUCAGGGAGACGGUGAAAAUUCACGACCAGCCAGUCGUGGAGCGGAUCCACCGUCUAUGGCGGUACCUCCGGUCAAUCUUCCCGCACCUUGCCGGCAGGACCCAAUGACUGAUUCUGACUUUUUUACUGAAAGCGACGCCGACGCGCACGAGGAGAUUGUGCGGGGCGACAGGAAAGCUCAAGUAAUCGACGGCACGUUGUUCUGCGCGCCGGGUGAACGCGUGUGUCCGAGCUUCACCGGAGAGGAGAUGGACUCGAGCGGAAUUUACUCGGAUCUGGACAAACUGCAAGCGCCCGGCGAGCAGGCGCCAGAAGAAAACGAAGAUCAAACUCCGGACACCGCGGAUACUGAACUUUCUCAGAGGAGUCAGCUCUCGCCGGUCGCGGUAAAUGUCAUCAUGGAUUAUUUACAGAAUCCUGUAAAACCGACGGCGGACGAAAUCAAUAGCACAAACGAUACAACGGCCUCUCCCGAAGUAACGGUUGAAAGAAAAGUGGUUGAGAAUAAUGAAAACAUCAGACCCAAAGCACAAAGCAAGGCCGAUUCGGUGCCUUUGAAAAAAUACAAAAUGCCGAAAAGAAACGUUGUUUCAAAAAUCAAGGCGAUGAUCGAGUCAUCCUCGAAAGACGAUGCGGAAAAGGAGGCGAGACGAUCUCAGAGAUCGACCAGAAAAGGCGGGCGCUGGGACGCUGUGAUGAACAAAAUAGAAGCUGGUAAAAAUGAACAAAGAACGAGGUCAGCCAGGAAGGAAGUAAAAUCGAGAGUAUUGCAAAAUCUUGCUUUGUCACCUUCUACGAGACCAACGUCGAAAAAAGCCGGCGAUGCAAAUAAUAACAAUAAUAAAGAUAAAAGGAGAAGAGGCUGGCAAGAAAUGAAGUCACCGACACAAGAAACGGCUAGGAGUUCUGUUCGUAGUUCUAUGAGCGAUCUCAGCAGUGGUCCAAGUAAGGAAAUGUCAAAGAGAUCACCGACGUCGGCGAAUCCACCAAGAAGGUUCAUCUCGAACGGACACGCUAAUCAUCAUCAGGUUCAUGUGAAUAAUGCUUUUGACGCGAAGAAGAACUGCAUCGACGUGACGACGGUUGAACUCGAGAAGAGUCCGACGUCGGCGCGAAAGCCCGCGAUAACGAGGAGAUUAGCGGGUAACGCUACGGUGAAACAGAAAUCCUCCACGCCGUCAAUAAAAGAUCGUGAGUCCAAGGAAACUCAUCACACCACGUAUUCGGUAACGGUGAGGACAUUGGCGGAAACGCGGGAUCAGUCCGCGCAAACUACUGUACCCUAUGAAACUUUCCACACGGAACAAGCGGAACGAGCUGUACAAGCGCUUUCAAUAACCGUGAAAUAUCUGGCAUUCGAGUUGGAUGCGUUUGCCACUCCCCAACUAAAGACCGAUCUCGAUAAGUUGAAGGCCGAUUGCGAGAAGAUGAAAAAUGAACGGUCAGCCGUUCUUUCGGAGAUCGACAAUUUGCGCGCGAGAUGCGUUAGCAUGGAGGAAAGACUUGAGGUGGAGAGGGAAGAUCACCGGACAGCUUUGGACGAACUUCGCAUGGAAGCUCAUAGGGCAAAACAGAUCGCCACGCUGGUCGAAACUUUAAAAGAGGAGAGGCGCAAAUACGACAUCAGAUUGGACGAAAUCACGCGAGAACAUCGCGCAACGAUCGCGAAAUUACGCGCCGAGCAGAUUAACGAAAUGACUCGUAAGGAGGAGAUGAGAAGAUCCGUGGUUCACGAUCAGGGCGCCGCUCUAAUGGCGGAGAUCGAAUCGUUGAGAUCCGUGCUCGAGCUGAAGAGUCAGGAGAAUACGAAUCUUCGUUCGGAAUUAGACAGUUACAGGCGCGACAUCGAGGAGAAAGACGCUCUGCAGAUGCGACUCGACAUGGCCGAAGCCAGAUGCGAGGAUCUGAAGGCUCAGCUUCAGCGAAAGGAAUCGUUCGAGCGACAGAUUUCACACGAGAACGAAAUGCUUCAGGAAUCGAUUCAUCAAGUGUCCAAGCACAACAAGCGAUUGUCGCAGCGUAAUGAAGAAUUGCAAUGGAAGUUGCGAAAUAAAAAUGAUUGGGUGAGCGUUCUCGCAAAUCAACUGAAUCCUCGACUGACACGAUCCGCGGAUCCGGAACAGAUGGAAGCGCACAGCUUUUCGCCCGACAAAAAUGGCGCACAUUCUUCGUCUAUGAUGAAAUUUAUGGUCGAGAAAGGCGCUUCAGUCUCGUGGACUUUGGAAAUCGACGAUCUGUCGAAAGGAGGAUCAGACACGUACAACACGCUACCAAAAGUGGCUAGAUCCUGCGAUAGUGCGACAACAGUUUCUAGACAAGGAUCACUCAGAUUAACGGCGAAUAGACCCGUAAUGGACACGAGGGCGAGAUCAAAAAGCAUCUCGACAACGUGCGAUUCGGCGCGAGCUGCAGCGGCGGACGAAGCGGUCUCGUGGAAUCCGUCGUUUAGUUCGACGCCAGUUUCACGACGACAUCCCAGAAAGGAUCAAUCGUCACCCUCCUCGUCUUCGUCGUCGUCUUCCACAUCAUCGACCGCAUCGACUGUGAAUCCUGCGGUUGCCGCUGCGAUGGCGGCCGCUGCAGCAGCGGCGGCAGCGGCGGUGGAUGACUGUAACGUGGGCGGUGGUCCGAGACCUCAAGAGGCUGGCGGGGAGGCGAUGAUUUCCGAGGAAACAUCCGCGUCUAGCAGCGAGGAUGAGUCCUCCACCGGCAGCGAUAUCCCGCGUUUAGGAAUGCAGUUUGCUUGGGGCAAGCCGAUCAAGUAA